AUGAAGAAGGAUUGGAUUCAGAGGCGUGCCUUCCAAGGUUGCACGGUUGGUACAGGGUUGCAAUCUUCGGAUAUUUCUGCAAACAAACAUGCUAAUCCAGCUCUUGUGGACUUGCUCAAAGUCUCUUUCACACAAUCAAAUUUCUCCAUGGCAUUCCCCUAUAUUUCUGCAUCAGAGAAUGAUGCUAUGGAAAGUUCUUUAGUGUCAGGGAUGUCAGAGAUUUGUGGGCAGAAUUUUGGAUUCAGUAAUGUUUGUUUCUCGGAGUCAUGCUCUAUGUGGUGUGAUGAUGUUCAAAAGCUUUCAGACCUGCAUUCGGUCCAUGAUUAUUUUCUUUUGAGGAUGGAGAAGAGACCAAAUGGGGAAGCAGAUUUGGUGGUGUUCUACCACAAAGGAUCUGAUUCUAAAAAGGAACUAGAACACCCACAUUCAGAGAGUAAAAUUUUCUCUGAGAUGGUUAGUUUUGUGGAUCAGUCUGGGGCAAAAUAUGCAGUUCUAUAUGUCUCAGACCCCAUUAAAUCAAUCCAAUAUCCUUCUCAUUGA